AUGGACAUGGACAUGGAAAUGGAUGUCGACCUCAACGUCGGCUUCGACAUGUCAAUGGCAAAGGACGACCUCCUCCUCUCAACCCUCACCCCCUCCCCUUCCUGCGCCUCGCUCUAUCAAAUGUACCAGGACCGCCGCUGUAUGUCAACAAUCAUCACAACCACAACAACAACCACAACAACAACCACCUCUACUCCCUCCUCACCGACCUCGCCCAUGCCCAAGAGUCCCCUCGGUCUUGAAUAUUCCCGAGACGAGUCCGACGAUACCAACAGUACCGAAAGCAACAACAGCAGGAGGAAUAGUAGCACAUGCCAAAGCGUAACCGACAAUAACGAUGAGACAUUGUCGGCGGCGCCGUUUGCAGAUUUGGGUCUGGUCUCGGAAGGGCCGUACCUGUUUGUGUUUGACAUGGCGGUGUCACUGUAUUUCCCCAUCCGGGCCAUGAUCCUCUUUGCCCUCGGCUUUGUCUUCUCGCUCGUGAUUGACCAUCUCCAGACUCAGCAUCGGUUAAUCCAGUAUCCGACCCAGACUGCCGCCCUUGCCAAUAUGUACCGACUCUGGGAUACCGCCUCUUGGCUGCCCCCCACCUGCGGAGCAUCGGCCGUUUUAAUCGGGACCGUCUACCCCCUCGGCGAUUACCUCUGGUGGGGUCAGCGCGUCAACAGGAACAACCGGGACUGGUCCAGUGUCAUGAGGUGCUUUGGUGGAUUCAUUGGAGUCAAUUAUGCGGCAUCCAAAUUACCAUGGACAAGCAGCCUGCAGGUGUCAUGCACACUUGCCCUGAUCUCUGUUGGACUGUGGUUCUGGUUCGAUCGCACCUUUCACGGAUUCAUGAUCUCGCUGACAGUCGCCGCUGCAGGAACUGCCGUCGCCUACUUUUUGGUGGCCAAUGGAUGGUACAGUUUUACAAGGGCGGAUGUGUUUGGCGUUGGAUCGUGGAUCCCUUGCAUCUUGUACUCGUCGUCAGUGUGUUUUGGCAGCAUUGGUCGGCAACUGGACGUUGUCCCUGAGGCGUGGUACAAUAACGACAACAAUUCAACACGGCUUCACCUUAAGACCGAGUAG